GCAAACAUCCAAAAUGGCUGCUGUUUGUUUACAUUUAGCAGCGCCGGCGUGAGAGUAUUUUAAAGUAAAUACACCAAAUAGAUCGCAAAAAUUAUGGGAAUACGACAGAGUGGAUCUUAAGAGGAAAUUAUCUACAAGAGUUAAAAGAUUCAACAUCACAGAAGUGCACUUUUCACGCUCUCUGGUGGAAGUAUGACGUACUUCUUCAAAGCGUGUUGUUGGACCGGGUCAUGUGACUGCCAGGCUGCGUUUGAUUGGCUGAAUGGAGUCCCAGGAAGCAGAAGUCUCCACUGAGCACGCUGCAUCCGUGUGCAGGGGCGGGGCUACACGGAUCACACGUGGAGGAAUGCGCCCGGUCUCCUCUCAGCUCGUUUUGCAGGAUGAGCUCCACCCUUGUGGCUCGUGAGGGAGGGGGCGGGCUGAAACUGGGCCCCAGUCUGACUCACAUCAUCUAGGUGUGGCUUUGCAGGCUCCUCCAGGAACUCCAGAGUGGCUGGGCCAGUUCUCCGCACACGGAGCGAGCAAAAGAAGAACAUGACAGACCCCGAAGCUGUCUCCCCCCAGCAGAACGGUGCCGACCCGGCCGCCGAGUGUGAGCAGACACACACUGAUUCUGGCCGGCAGCAGAAAGCCGUGGUGGCAGAAGAAAGCACUUCUGAAGGCGUGGAAGAAGACCAAGUGACAGAAGAACCUUUGGGUCCAGAUGACAUGGUGUGUGAUUCCUGCAUCGAGAGCCCCUGCAGGGCCAUCAAGUCCUGCCUCACCUGUCUGGUGUCCUACUGCGAGGCCCACCUCCGGCCUCACCUGGAGAACCCAAAGUUCCAGAACCACCGGCUGGUAGAUCCGCUCCGGGACAUCGAGAGGAGGACCUGCGAGGUCCACAAGUGGCCCCUGGAACUCUUCUGCUAUGCCGACGCCUGCUGCGUGUGUCAGGACUGCGUGGUCGAGGAGCACAGGGGCCACAACACCGUCGCCGUGGUCGAGGCUCGCCGCCGGGUCGAGAGGGAGCUGAAAGACAAGCGCAGCGAGAUGACCAAGACGGUGACGGCGGCGGAGAACGCCAUCAACAAGCUGCAGCUCAACACCGUCUCCAUCGAGCAUUCGGUGACGGAGGUGCGGGCCGCCAUGGAGGAUCAGUUUGAGCGGCUGCGGGCGGCGGUGGAGAAGGCCAAGCGGGACGUGACCGACAUCCUGGAGGGCGAGGAGAAGCAGGCUCUGCGGCAGGCUGACGGCAUCAAGGUGCACCUGGAGCAAAGGUGCGGCGAGCUGAAGAAGACUCAGGCGCAGGUGGAGAAGCUCUCCCGGAACAAGAACGAUGUGGACUUCUUACAGGAAUACUCGGAGUGGAAGAAGGAGGCGUCGGACAUUUCCCUGCCGGGCGUCUACAUCGGCCUGAUGGACCGCCUCAACUCCUUCAGCCAGGUGAUCCAGGACGCCACGCAGGAGCUGUGUGCCAUGCUGGACACCGCCUACGUGGACAAGAUCAAGGACACCUGCAACACAGACAAGAUGGGCAUCAAGACGACGGUGCAGGCCAUGGUGGCGUCCAAACACAACAUGAGUCUCCCCGACCCCGUGACCCGGGAGGACUUCCUGAAGUACGGCGCCCAGGUGAGCUUCGACGCGGACACGGCUCACGUCUUCCUGCGUCUGACGGAAGACAACCGCAAGGUGAGCAACACCACGCCCUGGCAGCACCCCUACCCCGAGCUGCCCGAGCGCUUCGACGGCUGGCGCCAGGUGCUGGCGGCCGAGAGCUUCUACCUGGGCCGCCAUUACUUCGAGGCGGACAUCAGCGGCGAGGGCACGCACGUGGGCCUGACCUACAAGAGCAUCGAGCGCAAAGGUGAGGAGAGCAACGGCUGCAUCGCCGCCAACAACUUCUCCUGGUGCCUGCAGUGGAACGGACGCAGCUUCUCCGCCUGGCACAGCGGCGUGGAGACGCCCCUCAGCGUGGGCAGGUUCACACGCCUGGGCGUCUACGUGGACGCCCCCAAGGGCCUCCUGGGCUUCUACGGCGUGGACCGGGUCAUGACGCUCAUCCACAGCUACCAGGCCGACUUCCUGGAGCCGCUCUAUCCCGCCUUCUGGCUGUCCAAGAAGGAGAACGUGGUGCUCCUGGUGCCGCCCGGCGAGCCCUUGCCUCUCAAGAGCCCCUCCCCUCCCACCUCGCCCACCAAUGGCCUUCCUCUGCCGUGAACACACCCCACGCUUACACAACUUUGCCUUUUCAGCUCACACCGAUCACAUCCAUUUACAGGCCAGGGAGUUUUCAACCAAAGAUAGAAAACACACAAAUCCAAACACGGACACACCAGUUAAAACAUUCACACAUCAUCUCAUUACACACACACACACACACAAAUGAAAAUAUGCACACACAAUUUAAAACACCCACACAUGGGUCUGAUUACACACAAGUUGAAACACACACACUGAUCAGAUUACACACACACAAAUCGAAACACGGACACAUAUUUAAAACAUGCACACAUGAUCUAAUAGCACACACAAAUCAAAAUACAGACACAAAACACCCACACAUGAAUCUGAUUACACACACAUACGUUGAGAUACAGACACACAAAUUACAACACGCACACACACAUCUGAUUACACACAGAUUGAGAUACAAACACAAAUUACAACACGCACACACACACAUCUGAUUACACACAGAUUGAGAUACAGACACAGAAAUUACAACACGCACACACAGAUCUGAUUACACACAGAUUGAGAUACAGACACACACUACAACACGCACACACACAUCUGAAUACACACAGAUUGAGAUACAGACACACAAAUUACAACACGCACACACACAUCUGAUUACACACAGAUUGAGAUACAGACACACAAAUUACAACACGCGCACACAGAUCUGAUUACACACAUAUUGAGAUACAGACACACACAUUACAACACGCACACCCAGAUCUGAUUACACACAGAUUGAGAUACAGACACACAAAUUACAACACGCGCACACACAUCUGAUUACACACAGAUUGAGAUACAGACACACAAAUUACAACACGCACACACACAUCUGAUUAUACACAGAUUGAGAUACAGACACACAAAUUACAACACGCACACCCACAUCUGAUUACACACAGAUUGAGAUACAGACACACAAAUUACGACACGCGCACACACAGAUCUGAUUACACACAUAUUGAGAUACAGACACACAAAUUACAACACGCACACCCACAUCUGAUUACACACAGAUUGAGAUAAAAACACACAUUACAACAUGCACACACAGAUCUGAUUACACACACAAAAACAACUGUUUAGUUGAUCUUUCAAAUGUCAUCCUGGCCCUUUUUUCAAAGUUAUUCCAGAUGGGAGAUACUGAUAGUCUCUCCACUUUGACCAUUGUAAGACUUAGCUGUCAAAGUACUGACAUUAUCACGCACGCAGCAGCAGUCCUGAAAGGAUGCAAAGACAAGACACUUCCCCACCACUAGUUGGUGCUAGAGACACAUGAGGGGGUUUGCAUAGUUCUUCUCUCAAAGGGAAACCUCUGACCACAAUCUCACAUAUUGACCACAAUCUCACAUAUUCCACUUGGAAACAUUUUGGGGAAAAUAUAUAUGAUUUUUUCCAUCCAUUUUUCAGCAAGGAGGACUUGUGUGAGUUUCAGGACAAAGAUAAUGCAUCAAAAUCACUGUUAUGAUUGAUGAACUAUUAAAUGCUGUAAUGACCUCAUCUGAAGGUUUCCACUUCAACACAUCUUUUUGUAAACAAUGCAUAGUUUGUGUUUACAUAAUAAAGAACUUGUUUUACAAAAACCGCAUAAAACAUUAAAAAAAACAACUUACAAUUACACACAAACUUUAUAUCUACAAAUAGGUCCAAAGCAGGUAAAUAAUUUAAAGCAUUGAGAGUUAAAAUAUAUAUAAAUAUCCUAAAAGUUUUUGAGUGUGCCUGUUUUUAUCACUAAGUAGGCUUAACGUAGUUUUGAAUUAAGUUGACACAAAUGUUAAUAUUAUAAAGACAAGUAUCAUAUUGUGAUCAAUGAUAUAACUUAAUAUCAUUAUUAUUAAGACAAGUAUAUUGUGAUGAAUAAUAAAUACAACUAAGAAUAGUUUUGAAGACAAGUAUCAUGAUUACUAUAACUUAAUAUCAUUAUGAAGACAAGUAUCAUUGUGAUGAAUGAUAAAUAUAUCUUUUAAUAUCAUGAAGAUGAUUAUUGUGAUAAAUAAUAUAACUUAAUAAGUAUAUUUUGAAAAAUAAUGCAACUUAAUAUCAUGAAGAAAAAUAUCAUCAUAUUGCAAUAAUACAACUUGAUAUUAUGAUCAUAUUUUGAUAAUGUACUUUUAGUCAACAUUCAUGUCUACAACCUUCUAAUACGCCCAUGAAUAAUAAGCAUUUCAUUGAUGAGUAUUCACGAAACAUCACAAUUGAAGUAUUAAUUCUGAGUCAGUAAUUAAUUACUUUCAUGGAUGAAGUAUAGUCCAUUAAAGUAAUCUAUUACUUCCAUGGACGACACCUGAAAAUAAUUGUAUUUUAUAUUUUAUUUAGUACUGACUUUGAAAUAAAAAUGUUUUCUUUUUCAGUGUUUUAUUAAAGUAUAACUACACAUUGAAAUCAUCAGUCAGCCGAAACAGACCAAACUAAAAGUAAUAUAAUCGAAUAAAUACACUUUAUUAAUAUGAUGUAUCACUGGAACCGGAAGUUUAGAGAAAAGACCGCGGACUGGCGGCAAAAUACAGCGUCUUGCUUUUAUUUUGAUAUGUAAUACAGUAGUCCUUCAUUGGUUGAUUGAAACUUUAUUUAGUAGAUUACACACUUCAGUACAUAUUCCGUACAUUUGACCACUAAAUGUUAAAACCCCAAUAAGCUUUACAACUUGUUUAAGUCGGGGUCCACAGUUGUGUCGGACAGGUGUGUCUACAACAACUUCCGGUUCCGUUGUCGCGCUCCUUAAACACAUUUUUUUGUUGAAGAACUUUCAUUUUUGAUAUAAGAAUUGUAAAAUUAAUCAAGGUAUUGCUCUUUGACACUGAACAAAUAACAUUGGUGUGUUUUGUUUUUCAAAAUAAACCCAUCGCUUUUU